AUGCGUUUCACCGCCACCGCUGUCACUGCCCUCCUCUUCGGCGCCAACGCCGCCAUGGCCGCCGAGGACGUUUCCAUCGCUGACUUCAGCGCCCACAAGACGGGUGUCAGCGGCACCGCUGCCGGCGCUGUGGACGGUGUCUCCUUCAAGCUGACCGGCACUGGCGCCAAGGACCUCAGCUGCUCGGCCGCUGCCAACCAGAUCGCCAGCGGUGUGCCCACCAACGUCAUUACUUGCGGCGACUCCAAGUACCGCUUCGCGGUUACCGAGAACACCGACGCCUCGUCCUUCACCCUCCAGAUCUUCCACGAGACUGGAACUGCUACCGGCUUCUCUGGCAGCGGCAAGAUUGCCACCAACUGCCGCUCCGGCGGUGGAAACAACGAAGUCUGCUCCCAGACCCAGUCCCCUACUACCAUCCACAUCCAGUAA